CUAUGGCUUGUAGGGUGUCGAAUGGCCUGAAGACCUGAGGGCGUAUCUCAGAGAAACGCGUCCGAGAGUCGAAGUAAACGACGACAGCAAUGUCGGAAGACUCUCAUUAGAGGAGGCCAUCCGAACACGCAUCGAACGUGAACUCACGCCUGGUACAGAGGACGUUGAUAUACACUGGGGUGGCGAGGAUCAAGAUGGCAGACCGAUCAGUCAAGAUUUAGACGUCUUACCGAGCAAUAGCCCACUCGGGCGUGGCGAGGUCUUGUUAGCCGAUCAACGCAAUCGACCCAUCCAGUGGCCCCACAUAAUGUUCAAGGAGAAAGACGAAGAGAACAACUCUGGGCUGUCUAUGUCCACAUCUCCUGACGGCAAAUAUCUGGCCACGACGAGCGAGGACGCUGCAGUAUACGUUUGGGAUCUUCGAACGGGCAGGGCAGUUGGCCGGCUCGACGGGCACACUGACACUGUGUGGUCCGUUGCAUUUGCGCCUGACGGUUCACGCAUAGUGUCUGGCUCCGCAGAUGCAACCGCGAUCAUCUGGGAUGUCGACGUGUUCAUGCACUUCGUCAUCCUACAGGGGCACGAGGCUGACGUUUGGAGUGUUGCGUACUCUCCCGACGGGUCAAAGAUCGCGACGGGCUCGACAGACUCCACAGUAAAGCUCUGGGACGCCAACACGGGAACGCAGCUCCACUCGUUCGGGGAUCACGCUGCGCAUGUUAUGCACGUCAUUUUCUCACCGGACGGCGUCUACCUCGCAUCUUGCGCGGACACAAGCGUCAUCAUGUGGGAUGUGGAGACGGGCACGAAGGUGUCUGAGCUGGAGGGACACGACGGCGCGAUCUGGUGCCUGCGCUUCGCCCAUGGCUCCGACCGCAUUGUCACUGGCUCAGAGGAUAACACGGCCCGCGUCUGGGACGUGCAAAGCGGCGCGGAGCUGGUCACGAUCCACGAGCACAUGAGCCCGGUCUGGUCCGUCGCCUUCUCGCCGGACGACAGCGAGGUUGUCUCAGGCUCGUCCGAAUGCACUGUCGUUGCGUCGGACUCGUUCAGUGGAGAGCAGCUGCGCGUGUUCAGCGAUGACUCAGAAUCCGCAGUCGACGUCGUGGCAUACUCGAAUCGCGGUGACCUCCUAGCGUCUGGGACCGCGGACGGGGUCGUAAAGUUGUGGGAUGCAAAAAUUGGGGACUUUCUGGCUGAGUACCGGGGACACGGGGAUAAAGUCAAGAGCGUCAAUUUCAUGCCUGAUGACGGCACCCUCGUCUCUUCUUCGGAGGAUGGCACCGUGAGGGCAUGGAGCGUCCGCGAUGUGCUGCGAUUUUUCUGAACACUUCUGCAGCUACUGGAAUGUUUAUCGUGGCUUGCAUUGUCAGCAGAUACAGAUGGAGAGACAAAAUUUGCAUAUUUUUGGGUUUAAAUUUUGUUUCUCACCGAAUUUGCGCAUCUGGUAUUCUGCUACACGCUCACCUCUUUGGCAGUUUGCUCAUUAGCUCUCGCAUACCAAUCUCGCGCUCCCGCUGGCAGUUUAUUGACCAUCCCACAAUAUUCU